AUGCCGAGGGCAGGAAGCAGCAGCCGAGACAAGGGCCCCGACAGCGUGCUGCCGAAGUCGCACAUCGUCAACAAGGAGGGGGCGGAGAAGGUCCGCAAGCUCAUGGUGCCCGACAGCCAGCGGCAGGCGUCGGUGGUGUCGCCGGUGAGCUUUCUGCCUACCACGGAGCGGCCGGAGCGCAUUCUCAUCCACUUGAGUCCAAACUCGGUGGUCAUCCUGGCCAUCUUCGCGCACUUCUGCGAGAUGUUCGUGGAAGUGCCACUGGUAGAUGAAGAGGCAGGAGGCGCGCAGUGGACCGGCGGCGGGGACGCCGUGAGCGGCAGGCCGCAGACCGUCGGCAGGGAUGCCGUGGGUGGUAGGCUGCAGGCCGGUGGCAGGGAUGCCACGGGCGGCAGGCGGCAGGCCGGCCGUAGGGACGCUACAAGCAGCAGCCAUCAGGUCGGCAGCAAGGAUGCCGCGGGCAGUGGAGUGGAGGCCCCGGGGGACGAGGGAAAACGCCUCCAGUCGUACGUGGCCCUGCCGUCGUCCUCGUCGUCGCCGUCGCCUCCACGACAACGGCCGGUGGCGGGCGGCGCGAAGGAGGGAGGCCGGGGCGGCCAAUCAUUGAGCGUGGAGUCUGGGACAGAGGCCAGGUCUAGGGCACGGGAACCUGAGGACCAGGGCCAGGCCGACCGCGCCAUGACGGGCGCCUUAGCCGACCCGUCGCCGGAGGCAGGCUCCACGGCGGCCCCUCAACGGCCCGGGAGCCAGAGCCCUCCACCAAAGAGGAGAAAGGUGGAUCCCGAGCCGAAGCCGCAGGGCCCCGACUUCAGAAUCCCCGAGUCCCAAUGGCAGUACCGCGGACCAAAGUCUACGCCGCCCAAGGACCCCGCUGGAGGCCAGAGGCAGCCAGAGGAGCCGAGGCCAGCUCUUGUUCCUGGGCCAAGCAUGCCCGCCCCAGAGCCGAGCGCACCGGCGGACCCAGAGCCGCGGGCGCCGCCCUGCCCUGAGUCGAGAGCAGCGGCCGCUCCUGAGCGGCCAACGCCGUCCGAGCCCGCCCCGAGCACUCCGAGGUCGGAGCGAGCGGUCGCGGUGGAGGUGGUCGCGGUGAGGGCGGCGCCGGUGUGGCAGUCGUCGGGGACCCCGAGCGCCUCUGUAGAGAGGGAUCGCAGGGGACCCAGCACCCGGCUGCUGUCAAGCUAG